GCGCCGGCCAUGGCGGCCCUGCGGCCCGGAAGCAGAGCGCUCCGCCCGCCUCUCUGCCGUUCCUUCUCCGGCGGCGUUGGUCGGCUGGCCCGUGAACGCGGUACGGAGCGCAGGGACGCUGCGUCCAGCCGGGUCUCAAGAUUCUGCCCUCCAAGACAGUCUUGCCAUGAUUGGAUAGGACCCCCAGAUAAAUAUUCAAACCUUCGUCCAGUUCAUUUUCAUAUUCCUGAAAACGAGUCCCCCUUGGAACAAAGGCUUAGAGAAUUGAGACAAGAAACACAAGAAUGGAAUCAGCAGUUCUGGGCGAACCAGAAUUUGAGUUUUAAUAAGGAAAAAGAAGAAUUCAUUUGCUCAAGACUGCAAGCUAAAGGCUCAGUCCUGCGAACCGAGUCAGGUCAAAGAGCAGCGUUGGACGCAGAGGAAAUGGCUGACUUUUAUAAGGAGUUUCUGAGUAAGAAUUUUCAGAAGCACAUGUGUUAUAACCGAGACUGGUACAAGCGUAAUUUUGCCAUCACGUUCUUCAUGGGGAAAGUGGCGCUGGAGAGGAUGUGGAACAAGCUGAGACAGAAGCAGAAGAAGACGAGCGGUUAGGAGCCCACCUGGAUCUGCCCCGCCAGCACCCAGCUGCCAUUCAUGAGGACCCUGGAAGUGAGCACAGGUCCCACAGCUUGGCUCGUCCGUGUUCAGGACUUUCCUGACUCUGUAUCCCCGGCUGGCUUAUUCUCGACGAGAUCAACUGUCUAUUUGUUGACUGUGUCUUGAAUUAUACCAAUUCAGAAUAUGGCAGCGUCAAAAUAUGAAUAAAGUUUCACUGAAACAAUUA